AUGCUGGGAAAAAGGAAGAGGGAGGUUACUGUGGCCUCUAGAGGUAGGGUAGAGGUCGACGAGAGCGAGACUACGCGUGAUACAUCAGCACAGGAUGCGCAAGAACGCCUUCGGAAAUAUUUUGAGUCCCGUUUCGAGCCACUAGAUUUGCCCGGGCCGAACCCAGGGGCUGCCUCAGACGUGUCUGGCGGUACGGAUGAUACAGAUGUCAGUGAGGAAGCUGACUGGGGUGGAAUUGAGGACGAUGAAGAGGAGGAGGACGAAGAUGAAGAUGAAGACGACGAUGAAGAUGGAGACAGCGAGCCAGCUCCAGAAGUUGUGGACUACAGCACGACACCAAAACAUAAGAUGGAGAUAGUUGAUAAGGCUGCCCUCAGGAAGUUCAUGAGUGCCAAACCUCCGUCCUUGUCAGACUCUACCAAGCCCUUGAGGAAGAAGACCAAAGGUGGAGCAGAAGCUGCCGACGCCGACCAGACGACAGACGCAGCGAACCUGAAGAACGACCUAGCUCUACAGCGUCUGCUAAAGGAAUCCCAUCUCCUCGACUCGGCAUCUGACCUCAAUCCCACGGGUGUCAAUCGUCAUAAGGCGAUUGAUCUUCGUGCGCAAACCGCUGGUGCAAAAACGUCAAUCUACACCCAGAAGAGUAUGCCGAUGUCCCACCGGAAGGGGAUUUCCGCGAAAGCUACACAGAAAGAAGAGACACGACGGCGUGAGGCGCAGGAAAAUGGAAUCAUUCUAGAGCGCCCUUCGCUUGCAAAGUCUAAGCCAGCUGUCAAAAGGCGAGAGCGCGGAGUCGGUGGCCCAUCGGUUGGCAAGUUCGUUGGCGGGACUUUGAAACUCAGUCGUCGGGAUGUUAUGGCGAUUCAAGGCCCGAAGACGGGCAGACGGGGAGCUAAGGGAGCUGGAAGGGGAAGGGGGAAACGCCGCUAG